GGAGUAAGACAAUGGCUCCCUCAAUGCAUACUCGGGCAUCACAAAGAGCAAAUUCCACAGCUGCAAAAUCUGUUGCUGCAAGGCCUAUUAGGAGGUCUGGUAGGUUGAUGGCAGCAUUUAAGGAGCCCGAUCCCAACAAAGAGAUACCCACUAUUGACCUAACAUGUGAUGAUUCACAACCAGCAGUAUGCACUCGGGAACCGGCCAGGGCACUCGGAGUUGUCAUUCGAGAACCAGUAAGAAAGCCAGCAAGAGUGGUGGUACCAACAGUGGAGAAGGGUAUACGAAGAAUGGAAGCUAAAAACAAAGGGAAAAAACCAAUAUGGCAGCCUUGA